AUGGAGGAGGCGCUGCUGCUGAACGUGGAGGGCAUCCGGAAGACCAUCCUGCACGGGGGCACGGGGGAGCUGCCUCAGUUCAUCAGCGGCUCCCGAGUGACCUUUCAUUUCCGAACGCUGAAAUGCGACGACGAGCGGACGGUCAUAGACGACAGCAAGCUCGUGGGCCGGCCCAUGCACAUCGUCAUCGGCAACAUGUUCAAGCUGGAAGUCUGGGAAAUCCUGCUGACCUCCAUGAGGGUCGGGGAGGUGGCCGAGUUCUGGUGCGACGCCAUCCACACCGGCGUCUACCCCAUCCUCUCGAGGAGCCUGAGGCAGAUAGCGGAGGGCAAGGACCCCACCGAGAGCUACAGCCACACGUGUGGGCUGGCCAACAUGUUCGCCUACCACACGCUGGGCUACGAGGACCUGGACGAGCUGCAGAAGGAGCCGCAGCCCCUGAUCUUCAUCACGGAACUCCUCAAGGUGGAGGCCCCGAGUGACUACAAGAGAGAGACCUGGAGCCUCAACAACGAUGAGAAGAUGCAGGUCGUGCCCGUCCUCCACGGCGACGGCAACCGUCUGUUCAAGCUGGGGCGCUACGAAGAGGCAGCGGCCAAGUACCAGGAGGCCAUCAUCUGCCUGAAGAACCUGCAGACCAAGGCCAACAUGAAGAACGCCGUGAAAAGUGGCGCAUUCGGGAUCGCCAAGGCCUAUUACGUGAGGGCCAGGGCUCAUGCGGAGGUGUGGAACGAAGCAGAGGCCAGGGCAGACCUGAACAAGGUGCUGGAGCUGGACCCGGCCAUGCAGAAAGCAGUGAGGAAGGAGCUGAGGGUCCUCGAGAUCCGGAUGGAGGAGCAGCGGGAGGAGGAGAGGCGCCGCUGCAGGAACAUGCUGGGCUGAGCCUAGAGGCCCGGAGUAGGCUGCCUGCUGGUCUCAGUAGCCUGUUGAGCCUGUGCUCGCAACACCAAGGCAGCCGGGGCGGGGGAGGGGCCGUAGUUAUGUGUAGUGUCUGAGAGCACCGAUCAUUCUCAGAGGUGUAAUGCUUAAAAAUGAUAAAGGCUGAUAUUAUGAGAAAAAUUAAUGUUUUAAUUACCACGGCCAUGUUGGAAAAAUAUAUAGGGCCACGCCUGACUAUUUCAAAAAUUGCCGCCCGUACCUCCUCCCAUAUUGUCUGCGUAGUCAAAGAGGUCGUCUAAAGGCCAACCUCCGAAUUUAAGCUGUGCUAUACGUUGGGGACGUCACCAUGUCCAAAACCGGAAACCCAUUGGAUCACGGAAAAUGUAGUUUCAAAGUCCCCCACAUGUCCACAGGAAGUUUGUAAAAUACUUUUAAAUGGGACCCCCAGAAUUCCAAAUAACACAGAGGAUCCCAUGGGUGAAUACCCCUGCUCUGGCCUUCCUCCACUGGGGGAGGCACUCCUCCUGGAGCAGGGCAGCACCCCCUGGGCAGGGCAGCUCUCAGUGCUUUACUAUGCAUUCAGAAAUAAAAAUGAAAGCAAUUCUCA